AUGGAGAUCAGACGAGUGGCCGUCUGUCGAGACUGUCUGUCUGCCCUACGACAGCCUCAUCUGACUUCUCGCGUACCCUCCGUCGCGCAGCAGUGGCACGGAAAGACAUUUGCGACUGCACCAACUCCCUACCGAGCCAGACCCGUGCCCGUAUCACCAAAACAGGCUACACAGCUCCGCCAGUUGUCCACUGAAUCACGACGACCUCCACCGCCGCGGACGGAGAAGAGCCCUGCGAAUCUUCAAGCCAUCCACUCCCGAGUGCAAGAGCUGUCGAGCUCAGUCCUCAAGCCCACCGACGGCCCAAUCCCACCAGAGCAAAGAGUGCUGUACGUGUUGGAACAGCUAGAAUCUUUGGCACAGAGAGUGCUCGAUGAUGUUCACUCUGAAGAGCAGCAGAACAAGAGACCGGCUCAGGGCAAGCAGCAGCAAACAGCCACAUCUGCAUUGUUGGGAAGCGUCAACGCAAGACAGUAUCCCGCCUUCAUCUCGCAGGCAAGCGUCCUGAACAUCAUCAGUGAAAAGGCGGAAGAGAUCGUUCGCCACCAGAACGUCUUCCUCACGGCUGGCAUUCUCAAGGCUUACGUGCAACUACAAAGUUUGUUGAACCGACCAAGUAGCUUCCCAGACAUCUUCGACCUCUACGCCAAGAAGCCAGCUCCCAGACAGAAGGGCGAUGGUGUUGAAUAUGCGCCCGCUAACCCAACCAAGAUCAGCGCCGCAAUCGAUUCGAAGACUGCCAAUGCUGCCCUCGAGGCGGCUAUUGAGUCACAUAGUCUUCCAUUGGCCAUUGAUGUCAUCACCACCUCUUUCUCCGCGCCUGCCUUCAAGCGAGCCAAGAUUCUGCGACAGGCUGCCAUUCCCAUUUCUGGUCUUGCUGUGGCCCCAGCAGCCGCCUAUGCCCUCUCUACCACGUUCUCCGACUACCAGCAGUCAAUGGAUGCUGGAACAGCAACAGGCGUAGCAUUCGCAGGAAUCAUGACGUAUGUUGGAGCAGUAUCCAUGGUGGGAUAUGUGGCUGUCACCACCGCAAACGACCAGAUGGACAGAGUCACUUGGGCCACUGGUGUGCCGCUGUGGGAGCGCUGGAUUCGUGAGGAGGAGAGAGCAGCGAUUGACAAAGUCGCCGGCGCUUGGGGCUUCAAAGACGCGGCGAAGAGAGGCGACGAAGAAGGCGCAGAUUGGGACAGCCUGAGAGAAUGGAUUGGUGUGCGAGGAAUGGUGCUUGACCGUGUGAGCUUGAUGGAGGGCAUGGAGUAA